UUGUAAAUCUUGUGCGUCCUGGUUCUGCGAUUACCGGGAGUAAACACCUGAGAAGUUCGCUAUCGUUCACCUUACUUGUAUUCUAGCUCAAUUUUAUCUUGUCCUGCAUACUUUUUGAGCAGCUACCUACCCACCAUCUGUACCCAUAAGCCGAGUCUCAUAUUCACUAAUCGUCAGCUGCUGCAGCUCCAAAGGUCAUAGCUAUCUUGCACCUCAUGUUAUAACCUUGCAUAACACCAUCAUAUAACGACAUGACAAUGACUACCCAACCCCUUAUCCCUCUCCCAUCUCACGACUACACACGAAGGCCAUCCCAUAAGCCAAUCGCACAUCCUCAGCCAGUUUCCUCACGCAUUAACCAGCUCGAUGCAGCUGAAAUCGACCGUUUCGCCACGUUGUUCGCUCCUGCAACACCCCCAGCAACUCCAACACCUGUCUUUCGCGAUCAGCCACCGACGACGACGACGACGCGCCCACAGCACCACAGGAUUCGCACAGUCAGUGCAGACUCCGAUUUCGGUGCCUUUGUAUCGGUGCCUGCUGCUCAGGACCCACUUUCAUUCGACUUUCCAGCGGUCGAAUCGUCUGUUUCUGCUGGGAAAUCGCGAGGACUUGGGAACACGAGCUUGCAUUACUUUGAUCAGUUCACGUCAAGCGCAAAGACUGCUUCUGAGCACAAUAGACGGGUGCUUCUUGAUGAGCUAUUGCAGCAUGAAGACGAUCCUUUGUAUUUCCUCCAAGCGCAUAGCGAACCUCCAUUGCCUCCUCCAUCUGAAGAUCGACCAACUUCGCCUCAACGGAGCAUCGUUAUACAAUCACCGCUUCCGAUACCACAAACUGGGAACUUAAUCGACGCAGAUAUCAAGCCUCCUUCUCCACCACUACACAAGUUGCCCGUGCUCGCUGCGAGCGUAACUUCUCAGCCUUCCCCUGUAAACAUACGCACGCCUCUUCCUCCCCGUCUCAGCAGAACCGCCUCCCCUCCAUCCGCACACACACCUCCUACAUCAAACUCCUCAUUGCCCUUCCCCUCUUCCCCAGCCACACCUCCAGCACACACCACAUUACCCCGCAUUUCCUCAAGCUGGGUCUCCUCGUUCCUGCCAUCUGCCCGAUCUAGACAAUCCACAGUGUCUUCUAGCUCAACCCUGGUAAAUUCAGCGCCUAGUAUCAUGCCUCACUCGGCGGCUAUUCAUGUCCCGCAUCAGACGAAUGGUAUCACGCGUGGCACCCCUUUUGGUUCUCACCCUUAUAUUCCCCCAUCUGGGGCCCCUGGUUUCGUGGGCGAUCGGUCCUGGGAUAAGGGGUUUUCUGAUGCGCUCCAAGACGAGGAGAUGAGUGAAGUGAAGGGCGUGUUGGGAAAAGGGAAGAAGGUGAAGGGUCUUAAUCUUGUUGGAAGGAGAGAGGGCACAGUUGCAGUACUAAGCGAGACUGUCGCAAAUCUCAUCCGUCCUCACCUCCCAGCGCUCACUCGUCUCCCACGAACAUGGACCCUCCUAUACUCACUCGACCAACACGGUAUCUCACUCAACACACUCUAUUCCAGAUGCGAACCCAAAUUGCCCUCGACGCCCGGCUCAACAAAAGGCGCACUCGUCGUAGUGAAAGACGCCCGAGAUGCCGUUUUCGGAGCGUGGAUGGGUGAGGGAUUAUGGUUGGAAAGAGGAGGAUAUUACGGGAGUGGCGAGUCGUUCCUCUGGAAAUACCACCGUCCAUCACCCUCAAGCGAAGACUCGUUGAAUGGACUAGAAGAUUCAGAGGGGACGCUGGAUGUUUAUAAAUGGACUGGGAGGAAUGAUUAUGUUGCGCUUUGUGAGCCUGGGUUUAUAUCUUUCGGUGGCGGAGACGGACAUUACGGUCUAUACCUCGACGCCUCUCUCCUCGACGGGUCCUCAGCACCAUGCCCUACGUUUGAUAAUACUGUUCUGUGUUCACGUGGGGAUGGUGGGAGUCAGGGGCUUAAGAAGGAUGUGAGCUUUGAGUGCGUUGGGUUGGAGGUGUGGGGUGUUGGACCGUGAUUGGUGUUGUUGAGGCAGGAGGUCGGGAUGCGAUGCGAUGUGUGCUUGAUUCCCUUGUUUUAUUGAAUUGCUCUCGAAGGCGAGUGGCAUGUGUAAUAGCGGCAUCUUGUUUUAAUCUUCUUGGUGAGACGAUUUGAGUGAAGGACGGGUUGCAGGGAGAAAAAUAGAAUUAAGUAGAUGUGAUGUAAACCUUCUUGUAGUUAUAGCACAGUGAGGUUCACCUCAUCCACCAU